UCUAUCUCUCUCAUCAAUGUUCCUUUGAGACCAAUGCUCCUCCUUUUCUUCUCCAUAUAAACCACAUAUCCUCGCUUCCAUGUCUUAACAAUUUCUCAUAGCAAGCCCUAAAACAGAGAAAAGAGAACUAGAGAGAGAGAAAGAUGGGAAGAGGGAAGAUAGAGAUAAAGAGGAUAGAGAACGUAAACAACAGAGUUUUGACGUUCUCAAAGAGGAGGAAUGGGUUGGUUAAGAAGGCGAAAGAGAUCACAGUUCUGUGUGAUGCAAAAGUUGCUCUCAUAGUCUUCGCAAGUAAUGGUAAGAUGACUGAUUAUUGUUGUCCUUCCAUGGAUCUUGGUGCUAUGUUGGACCAAUACCAGAAGUUAUCUGGCAAUAAACUAUGGGAUGCUAAGCAUGAGAACCUCAGCAAUGAGAUUGAUAAGAUCAAAAAGGAGAAUGAUAGCUUACAACUGGAGCUCAGGCAUUUGAAAGGGGAAGAUAUACAGUCUCUCAACUUAAAAAACCUGAUGGCCGUAGAGCAUGCCGUUGAACAUGGCCUCGACAAAGUCCGAGACCACCAGAUGGAGUACCUUAUGACAAAAAAGAGAAAUGAGAAAAUGAUGGUAGAGGAGAAUCGGCAACUCAGUUUCCAGCUGCAACAGCAAGAGAUGGAAAUAGCUAGCAACGCAAGAGGAAUGAUGAUGAGAGAUCAUGAUGCGCAAUUUGGAUAUAGAGUUCAGCCGAUUCAGCCAAAUCUUCAGGAAAAGAUUAUGUCUUUGGUCAUCGAUUGAUCAUAUUUGAGAUUAGCAAAUCUCAUGACCAAUCUACUAUCUAUCUCUGGUCCUUUAAAUUGUCUUUAUAAUUGUGUGUCCCUUCAGUCUCGAGCCACAUAUAUACUCUCUAUCCUACUUUUUUACUUAAGCUUAUAUGUGUGUUGCUUGCUUAUGAACUCUAUGUGUUUGGUUGUGUUGUAUGCUUCAACGUUUAAAACUAGUUGCUUUUGUGUUAAAACUAA